AUGCCUUUCGCUCAGCUUGUCCUGGGAAGUCCAGGCUCUGGGAAGAGCACUUAUUGCGAUGGCAUGCACCAGUUUAUGGGCGCCAUAGGACGCGAAUGCUCCGUCGUCAACCUCGAUCCUGCCAACGACAAGACCAACUACCCAUGCGCCCUAGAUAUCCGUAGCUUAAUCACAUUAGAAGAGGUUAUGAGCGACGAUCAACUUGGUCCUAAUGGUGGCGUCUUAUAUGCGUUUGAAGAGCUAGAGAACAACAUGGAGUGGCUUGAGGAUGGAUUGAAGCAGCUAGGAGACUCGUAUAUCCUUUUCGAUUGUCCCGGUCAGGUCGAACUAUAUACACACCACAAUUCGCUCAGGAACAUUUUCUUUAAGCUGCAAAAGAUGGGCUAUCGGCUCGUAGCCGUACACCUCUCCGACAGCUUCUGCCUCACCCAGCCGUCCCUCUACAUCUCCAACUUACUCCUUACCCUCCGCGCCAUGCUGCAGAUGGACCUCCCGCAUAUAAACGUCCUCACUAAGAUCGAUAAGAUCUCAUCAUACGAUCCGUUACCCUUCAAUCUCGAUUACUACACCGAAGUACAGGACCUAUCAUACUUAACGUCAUAUCUAGAAGAGGAGUCGCCUGCCAUGCGGAGCGACAAAUUCCGUCGAUUGAACGAAGCCGUCGCUAAUCUAGUCGAAAACUUCGCGUUAGUUAGAUUUGAAGUCCUUGCCGUAGAGAACAGGAAGAGCAUGACGCAUCUUUUAAGAGUGAUCGAUAGAGCCGGAGGAUACGUGUUCGGCGGCGCGGAAGGAGCCAACGAUACUGUGUGGCAGGUUGCCAUGCGAAAUGAGGGAUCCAUGAUGGAAAUUGAAGAUAUCCAAGAGCGAUGGAUCGAGUCUAAAGACGCGUACGACGCGGCGGAGGAGAAAGAGUGGGAAGAGCAGCAGAAGAGGGCCGGCGGUGAUACUGGAGCUACGACCCCUGACUUGAUUCCUGAUGACGAUGAUGAUGAGUUCGAUGGAAUGCCCCCGCCGACUGGAGAUAGCGGAAUCAAGGUAGUCCGAAAGAAGCAAUGA